AUGUCUUCUUGCGCGGCGUAUGCACCUGCUCAUCACCUGCAGAACGACCUGAGCAAGUCUGCUACCAUCCUCACUAUCCCGGUAGAGAUACUCAGAGACAUCCUCGGACGGGCAGCGAGGACUGCGGCCGGCGAUCCCAGCAUCAGCCUUGAGACCAGUAUCCGUCUUGUCUCCCGCAAACUUCACCAGGAGUUGACGUCCAUCGUGCCCAUCCGGUCUGUCCAGCUGCUCUGCCAAGAUGAUGGGACGGUGAUCGAGUUCAAGCCUGAUGGAACGUCCCGCAUCCCCGACAAGCGGGCAACUAUCCGCCUCAGCUCCCGUGCCCCGCGCGCAGACUUUCCGGACCUGUACAAAUGCAUUGACGAAGCCCGAAAGCGUGGAACCACAAGCUGGCAUCUUGAAUUCUCCAUACCAGAGCAGGACCCCUCGGGAGAAGCCUGGCACCUUCCUCCGGGAUGUGAGCUGCUUCGAUAUCUUUGUCCUGACCAGCUCACGAUCACUCUACACGCGCCUACGGCGGACCACACGCAAGGUCCCCUCCUCGGCUUUCUGAUCCGAGAUGGCACUCCUCAUGGCGGAACCGACCCUGACAAGGAUCCGGACACAGCCGCAAGCUCGUCGUCUCCAGCAGAGCUACAAUCAGCAUCCCGACAUGAGCACAUCACCAUCGGUUGCAUGAGCACCAAGGCUUUCGAGGCUGGUACCGACAGUAUCAGGCAGAGCAUGUUGGAAUUGGUCAUAAACCCCCGAGAGACCACUUACACUGUGGUCGGGGCGCACAAUCUCCUCAGUGUCUUCCAGGCCCAAGACGCAGAAUUAUCGAUCACAACGAAAGUCAAGGACGCCGUGCUGACUGUGAUGAAGAGGCAUCCGCCGGUGACAGACGCAGACAGAGUCUUCGCUUCCAGCUGCACGAAACAUCAGAGCAUGGACAUCUUCCGAGAGUCUGUCACAGGGUAUGGGUUGUUCGCAGACUUGCGCGAGGCGAGGAUAGGUGCGAGUCUGGAGGCCGAAAGGACCAAGCAGCUGGCCAAUUCUGGUGACGAGGGCAGUAAUGUGUGA